GCUCUCGUCUCGUGAGCAGGUGUAAACACAGAUUAUGGUCAUUUACCGUCCAACCGCAUCGCUUGCGUCGAACGGAACGAAAUAGUUGGCGCGCGAUCACGUUCGAAAAUCGAAAUAAAAAUCGCGAGCUUUAUUGUUCGCUUUUUGAAUUUUGAGUUUUUUUUGUUUCGUAUAAUUAGUUCUGAGUUUGUUUGAAGGAGUUUUGUGUUUCAAUGUGUUUGCUUCGGACCUUUUUGAUUGGAUUUUUUAAAGAUACAGAUAUUUUUUGCCGAUAACAAAAUGGUUAGCAGCAGAAGAGAUCGUGCCUUAUGGACGGUAGUGAUCGCAAUAACUAUUGGAAUCCAAGGAAUGAACACGCAAACGGAGACAUACAUGGAAACAGAAACAUAUUCAACAAUAACAGAUUACACUGAAAUGACAACUGAAGAAAGCGUCACUUUAAAUAACCAACCAAGGCAAGCUAGAACGGACAAUUCCAGCCUUGAUGACGUCACUGUAGACACCAGUGAAGAAAACACAUCACAACAACAAGUACAAAACGUGGUACAAGAGAAAUUAAACACUGGAAAACUUGAAAGCGCGUCUAGAGUUUUGUUACCUUCUGUGGAUGAUAAACCGUUCAGUGAUACAAAAAGAGAAAUUAUAGAUAACACACUAAUUAAACGUAAACCAGCCAACAAAUUGAAUAGUGAUGUAAUCAAUAAAAUAGUUAAAAAAGCAGAUAAAAGAGCAGAUUUGAAAUCUCAUACGAGAUACGAUGAAGUUACCGGCGAAUUAGUUGGUGGUGAACACCCUUGUCAUAGAGAAUGUAGGGAGGGUGAAGAACCUAUGAUAUGUUAUUACCAUUUUAAUUUGGAGUGGUAUCAUACUAUGAGUAAGGCGUGCUUCAAUUGUCCUUACAAUGAGACGGAUUGUUCAAGACCGGAUUGCAUACCGGCUGAUGGUAUGAGUCGAGCUUUAAACGUGGUUAAUAGGAAGAUGCCUGGUCCUGCUAUAGAGGUUUGCCAGCACGACCGGGUGAUAGUGGACGUGGAAAACGACCUGAUGACGGAAGCCACCACGGUACACUGGCACGGUCAGCACCAGCGGGGAACCCCCUACAUGGACGGUACUCCGUACGUCACGCAGUGUCCCAUACCGCCGGAAACAACCUUUAGAUAUCAGUUCAAUGCCAGCCACGCCGGCACACACUUCUGGCACUCCCAUUCCGGGAUGCAGCGCGCUGACGGCGCGGCCGGCGCCUUCGUCGUGAGGAAACCGAAGUCCCAAGACCCGCAUGGCGCUCUAUAUGACUACGAUAGGUCUGAGCACACGAUGAUCGUGACGGACUGGAUCCACGAGUUAUCCGUCUCCAUGUUCACUGAUCACCACCACUCGUCGGGGGACAACAAACCGCCCAACUUGUUGAUCAACGGAGUCGGACGGUUCAAGUACUUCAACGACAGCGCCAAGCCUAUAUACAUGAAGGCAGCAAGGUUUAAUGUUGAACAGGGCUAUAAGUACCGUUUCCGGGUGAUCAACGCAGAGUUUCUGAACUGCCCCAUAGAGUUGUCUGUGGAUAAUCACAACAUCACCAUCAUCGCUUCCGAUGGCUACGAUCUGGAACCUAUAACAGCUACAUCAUUGGUGACGUACGCCGGGGAGCGGUACGACUUCAUCUUGGACGCAGAUAACGAGAUAGACAACUACUGGAUCAGGUUCCGUGGGCUCAUGGACUGCGACGAGAGAUUCACCAAAGCGAAGCAAGUUGGGGUGCUACACUACGAGGGCGCUAUGGAAUCGGAACCCCUAGGGGACCCCACCUGGGAGGAACUUCAUAACGAAGGCUUGCAACUAAACGCGCUCAACAAAGGCGAAGAAGACGAGGACACGAUCAGCGUCGCUGGUAUGAGAUCAUUGGCUGGCUACGACGACAGCCUGCGAGAGGUGCCCGACUACCGGUUCUAUGUGGCGUACGACUUCUACGCGAAAAACAACACACAUUAUCACAGAUCACCUUAUUAUGGAUACUACCAAGUACCCAACAAGUUGAAUCGACUGUACACACCUCAACUCAACCACAUCAGCAUGAAGAUGCCUUCGAGCCCCCUUCUGAUCUCCAGACCUUCACCGGACAACUUCUGCAACAGCUCAAGCAUCGACAAGACCUGUCAAGAUGGCUUCUGCGAGUGCUCGCACGUUCUCUCAGUGAAACUGAAUUCAGUAGUCGAAGUUAUAAUCUUAGAUGAAGGAGUAACCUUUGAUGCCAACCACCCUUUCCAUUUACACGGACACAGUUUUAGAGUUGUCGGUAUGAGAAGACUAGCAAACGAAACUACAAUAGAAGAAAUCAAAGCGUUUGAUGAAGCUGGUCUUCUGAAAAGAAACUUGAAGAACGCCCCCAUCAAAGAUACUGUCACAGUUCCAGACGGCGGUUACACAGUCAUCAGAUUCAAAGCGGAUAACCCAGGGUAUUGGUUAUUCCAUUGCCAUAUUGAAUUUCACGUAGAAGUGGGCAUGGCCUUAGUCUUCAAAGUGGGUGACCACAAAGAUAUGGUACCAGUGCCUAGAAAUUUCCCGACUUGCGGUAGCUAUAUGCCUGAUAACAUGCUGGAACACGAAACUACGGAAAAACCAAAGAAUGUAAUUUCUAUAAACCAUUGGUGGCCAGUAGUCGUUAUAAAUAACAAUAACAAUUCCACAUCUUCGGCUCAAACUUUGAGAAGCUUAUCAGGAGUUAUAACGGUCACCAUUUGGAUUUUGAAAUCUGUUAUAGGAACGUAGGUUGCUAUUAAUUUAAUUAAACAAGUGUCAAAGAUAUUUUAGCAAUGUUGUUUUUGUGUAAAACAUUAUGUUUUGGAGUAGGUAUCUACAUUAACAUGAUGUUCUACGAAAUUAAUUCUUCAAAGUUCAAGUUUCUUCGCUGUUUGGCUUUUCCUUUCCACUAAGUGUCAAAUUCUAUUGAGAGAGUUAUGGUGUGAUUACAAUUGGUCGUUAGCCCGAACUCGAGCGCCAAUGGAAUUCUGUACCCUUAGUACGAGUUUUACAAUUACGAAAACUA